CCUCACUGCACAGGAUCCCUCUAGACUCCCCUUAGAAACCCAGCAACAGCCACUAUGAGCCUUCCAUUCUCUACCCUUCCCGCCCUGCUCGCCUCGAAGUCGCAAGAGAGCGACGUCGGCGUGCGCUUCCUCGACCACAAUGGGGACGUCUCCAAGGAGCUCUCCUACGCUGCCUUGUACAAGGACGCGUUGGAUGGCUCGCGCCGCUUGCAGGCCUUGUGCGCUAGCCUUCAAAACACCGACGUCGACGCCGUGAUCGCGAGCUUCGCGGACCACGAGCAGCACGUCAGGCUCUUCUGGGCCUGCACCUUCGCUGGGAUUCCUGUCUGCCCGAUCCCGCCGCUGCACCCUGAUCCGUCACGGCAGGCCGCCUUCCUCGGGCAUCUUCAAACGCUUUACCGGAACCCCAUCAUGGUAACGGACGAUCCAGUGACGAUCGAGCGCGUCAAGAGCGUCACCCCAGGCCUGCAGACCGUUCCGUGGACGGACUUCCUCUCGCAGCCUUUCAGUGGCACAGCCCCCGCUGCGGAAAUCUCGCCUGACACGAUUGUCUGCCUGAUGCUCACGUCGGGCUCUACGGGAAACUCGAAGGCCGUCGCGCUGCGCCACUCCAACCUGCUGUCCAGCAUUUACGGCAAGAUCAAGCACCACGAGACGACGUCGCAGUCGCGCUUCCUCAACUGGAUCGCGUUUGACCACGUUGCGUGCGUUUCAGAGGUCCACCUCCAAGCCUUGGCGGCGAAUGCGAUCCAAUACCACGUGUCGCCUUCCGCGAUCAUCCACCGCCCGUUCAACCUCCUGGAAUGGACCAGCCGCUACGGCAUCACCUACUCGUUCAGCCCCAACUUCCUCAUCGCCCAACUGUGCCGUGACCAGACCGUUGCGGCUACGCCCGCCGGUGCCCUCGACCUUUCUGCGCUCGUCGCCUUCAUCUCCGGCGGCGAGGCGGUUCCCUUGAAGACGGCCAUAGAGUUCGCCAACCUUCUGGAGCGCUUUGGCGCACCGCGCAAUGCCUUGCGCGCCGGCUUCGGCAUGAGCGAGACUGGUGCUGGUUGCAUUUACGACACCAACCCCAUCCCUCGCGAGGAAUCGGGAGUCGCAGCGAAGUAUCUGUCUCUCGGCCUGUGCUGCGACGGUGUCAACGUGCGCGUCGUUUCCCGUGAGACUGGGGAGCCCUGCCCUGCCCUGGAGCCGGGCCUCCUGCAGCUCAAGGGCCCAAGCGUCUUCCGCGAGUACUACAACAACCCGCAGGCGACCGCUGAGAGCUUCACCGCGGACGGCUGGUUCACGACCGGGGACGGCGCGCUGCUCGACCGCGACGGGAACAUGCACAUCGUCGGCCGCGAGAAGGACCAGAUCAACAUCAACGGAGUCAAGCACCCCACGGUCGACGCGGAGCAUUUCAUCGAGAUCGGCGACAUCGAAGGCGUCACGCGGUCCACGGUGAUGGUGUGCCCCAUGCGCGCCCCUGGCGGCGACACGGAGACAUACGCAGUGUUCUACCUCCACCGCACAGUUCCCGUCGAGGGCGAGUUGAGCGAGGAAGAUGUUGCCAGCUUGUACGCGACGAACCGCGCCAUCCGCGACCGUUGCAUUGUGUUCUGCUCGCAGGGUCCCUACACCGUCCUUCCGCUUCCCAAGAAGUGCUUCACCAGGACCACGCUCGGCAAGGUCUCGCGGGCUGUUCUGCUCAAGGGCUACCUCGCCAACGAACAUCGUAUGCUUGAGGAACGCCUGCAAUCCGUGUCUGCCAGCGGCCCGCCCUUGACCGAGUGGGAGGAGAAGGUGGCGAGUGUCGUUGCGCAGCUCCUCGACGUCGACACGUCUGGCAUGUACCGGUCCUCCAGCCUGUUCGACUUGGGUAUGUCCUCGAUGCACCUGGUGCAGCUCAAGUACCUCCUCCAGGAGGCGCUGAACAUCCCUGACAUCCCUGUCAUCGACAUGCUCCGCCACCCCGAGCUCGGACAGCUGUGCGACUACCUCGAAGAGGCGGUCAACGCGUCGAAGAACGGGACGGCGGUGUCGCGGUACAACCCGGUCAUCUGCCUGAACCCGCAUGGACACAAGCGCCCCGUCUUCCUUGUGCAUCCCGGCGUCGGCGAAGUCCUCGUCUUCAUGGGCCUCGCCCACGUCAUCCACGACCGUCCGAUCUACGCGCUCCGCGCCCGGGGCUUCGACCACGCCGAGGAGCCGUUCGCGACGUUCGAGGAGAUGGUCGAGACGUACGUUGACGCGAUCGUGCGCCAGGACCCUGAAGGCCCGUACUACGUUGGCGGCUACAGCUUCGGUGGCGCGGUGGCGUUCGAGAUGGCGAAGGUGCUCGAGGCGCGGGGCAGGAAGGUCGCCUGGGUCGGCAUCUUCAACCUUCCCCCGUUCAUCCAGAGUCGCAUGCACGAACUGCGUUGGAUCGAGGUUCUGCUCAACCUCUUCAUGUUCGUCGCGCUCGUCACGCCCUCCGGACUGGACGGCGCUCGCCAGAUGACGAUCGAGCAGUUCCCGGAGCUCAAGCACUUGGAUACGGAGCCCCCGAACAGCAUGGAGGUGAUUGAAUGGCUGCUCGCGCACUCGGACCAAGCACGCCUUGCAGAGCUCCAGCUGCGCGCGUACGAGCUGCAACGGUGGCUCGUCGUCGCGUUCCAGCUCACCUGCCUCGGCCGCACGUACCUUCCAGUGAGCACCGUCCGGGGCGCGCUGAUGACGGUGUUCUGCGCCGUGCCCCUGCCGUCGAUGGGCACGCGCGAGAGCUACAAGGCGAACCGCUUGGCGCCGUGGAAGGACUUCUGCGACGGCGAGUUCGAGCUCGUCGACGUCGACGGGGAGCACUACACGAUGAUCUCGGACGCCCACGUCCACUCCUUCGCUAAAAACCUUACCUCCGCAGUGGACCGUGCCACCGCCAGGCUUCUCUAGACUUCCGCAUCGCUGUUUUGUCGACUAAAUAGAAUAGUGCUAUCCGCAACGCCAAGUUUCCCUGCAACGCUGUACCAUGCUUACUCCACCUUUCGCAGAGCCUUGAAUGUACGAUAAUUAGCGGCGUCCACUCCUGUAUUUUUCACCAGCCAAUCACACAGUUUUCU